AUAUCUAAAUGAUCAAUCUGAUAUUUAACAUAUGAAUUGCCAAAAGCAUCAAUAUUGCGUAUAUGUGACGCAGUUGGCGACGGUGUAAAAGCACUAAGUCUGCGUAAUAGCAGCGCACACUUUCGGUUCUGCGGCAGUGGAAUAAAAAUGACAAAGUGAUGUUGUGUGUGUCUCCUCUGUGUAGAUGCUGAUGGUGAUGGCGGUGAGGCGUGUGGAGGUUCUGGGUCUGUACAGGAAGGUUCUUCGGCUCUCUCGCAGCUGGCAGGCUCAGUCGGGACUUACACAUGAUACAGAAACAGAGAGGAAGUACAUCACACAGGAGGCACGCUCUCUGUUCAAACAGAACCAACACCUGACAGACCCAGAGUUAAUCAGUAAGUGUGUAGCAGAGUGUGAGGCUCGGAUCGAGCUUGGUCUGCAUUACAGAAAUCCAUAUCCCAGACCUUCGUAUCUUCCUCCGAUGGGUUUGGCCACUCAGAAAGGCAGUAAGCUGAGAGGACAGCAACGACUCAGGAAACAAGCCAAGCCUGUAUAUUUACAGUCCCACCAUGAGACAUAACACACACACACACACACACACACACACACACACACACACACACACACACACUGUCAUGUGUUAAUUGAUUGUGUAUAUACUGCUAUGUUGAAUAAAAGGUGUUUCUGGU